AUGAAAAAUAGUAUCACCAAUACCGUUUACCCCGAAAAUGCUGAACACAAUAAAUAUUUUCAGUCCAUUAUAGACGAAUACACCGGUUUGGAGAUCAACAAAAUAUACAUUGGAUCACCUACUGAAGAUGUUACAUUGAAAAUUGAUCCAUCAAAAAGUUCAACUCAAAAUUAUAAGUCAAUACUAGAAGAAUUUAUGCUACCAUUCGUGGAGUUUGAGUUGGAUUUGAGCAAAUUUAAUGAAAAUUCUAAUAAUAUUAGUUUAUUUAAAUAUGGAGGUAAACCAACCAUCUUUCAUGUUGAUCAAAAUGAACCAAAUAGAGAGUUUAUAAUAGAAACUAUCCACCAAUACGGCGGUGUUUGUUCUAUCAGUACAUCAAAUAAAUUUAUCAAUAUAUCAUCUACAAAAUUUAAUUGGAUUCACCCAAUUCAUAUAUUUUUAUGUAUCAAUGAAGAUAAAGUUUUGGAUACCGAAUUGAGCAGAAACUAUGCCUUGAAAUUGAUGUUUGGUUUAAGCAAUCGUACUGUUAUUAAUCUCAAAUAUUGGUUGUCAAAAGAAAAGAUUCGUAAUCAAAGUUCUUUAAGUGAAAAAGACUUAACAGCUAAUAAAAUCUUGAUGGAUGAAUGUCGAGUUAACUAUCUGGUCAUGUUUACUACAGAAUUUAUAGAAUCAUUACGAUCGAAAUACAAUGAGUUAUCAAAAUAUAAAUCAUAUACUAUCCUCAGUUAUAUGCGAGUUAUAAGAGAAAAAUUAAUUAAAGAACCAAAUUUAAAUAAACAAAGCAAUGAGUCGAACAUUUCGUUACCUGCAAUGAACGGUCAAGAAUGGGACUUUUUUGAUCAUUAUAUUCUUUCAAAACUAAUUUCGGUCUAUGUCAUAUACAAAUGUAAUAUCCUCAAGAAAUCAGAACAAUUUGUUUUGGAAGAUACUUUAUGGGUUAGCAGUGUACCUUUUUUUUGCCUUAAUUUAUGCCCCAACAGUAGAACACUAUUUCCAAUUUAUAAAACCUCAGUGUUUUUAAUGAGAAACUACAAGGCGACUCAGUUAUUCAGUGAUGCAAUCGAAAAGGCAGUGGAUGAAAUACAAAUGAUGGCUAUCAAUAGAAAAUUUGUUGAAAUUUCCCGUAAUGAAGAAGAAAGCGAAUCUGUCUCGUUUGCAGAAUUUAUACCAUCUCCACUUUUAACUUAUCAACAAUUGUUAGAUUUAGCAGGAGUUUUUGUCAAAUCAAACUGUUCGGAAGAAAAUAUUUUAGACUUGGCUAGAAAAAUGGGUCUCAAAAAGGAGGAAAUUAUAAACUUGAAAAAUAAAUUCAAUAAAUCAAAAGAUGAAGGUCUGUAUAUUAAAUGCGUAGAUUCUACAAAAUUCGGUUUAGAACAUUAUGUGUUAGGAAAAUUAUUAGAAAAAGAAUUACUUGAUCUUGGGCAAAAUUUAAAUGCUAUUGACAAGGACUUUAAAGUUUCUGCGGAAUUCAGAAAAAUGCUGAGAUCUAUUUUAAACUAUUCCAAGAGUGCAAUGGACACUGUUUUGUGGCGAUAUUCCGCUCAAGAGUUUAUGAAUUUUAUUGGAGAAUUUGAAAUAUUAGCUAAAGAUCAACGAAUAAUAAGCAUGAAAGAAUUUAGAAUGAACGAAGAUCAAAUUUUGAGUCAGGAAGAAUUCCAUAUAAUAAAACAUAGAGCACUAAUGGCAAUCUUCGACCUUCAUAACAUUUCUGAUAAUGCUGCCUUGACUGAACUUUCUGAAUCAUUUGGCAUUGGUUUCAAUAGAUUAAGGGGUCUAUGUGAUACUCUUAAAGGAGAUUUUUUAACUAAACUGACUGUGUAUUAUGAUAGAAGUGAUGAAUGGUUCAAGUAUGUUAUAUUUGAAACUACAAAUGGUUCAUUAUUUGAUAAGAUAUUAGCUGUAUUUCCAAGAAUGGCAUCAAAUAAAUACAACUAUAGUACUUAUAGAGCAAAACCUGGGAAAGUUAAAAAAUUAGAAAAAAAGAAAGGUCGUAAUACACACAAAAAAGGUUUGGGCAACAUUAAUAUAUCCAAUCUUGUUGGUUAA